AUAGAACCUUUCAUGCAUUAUAAAAACAACAGAAAGCGCUUCACAAAACAGGUAAUCAAAGACAAUACAGUAAGAUAAUAAGAGUAAGAUGAAACAGACAUGUAUGACAUUAAAACUUAAUUUUUUUUACUACAAUUUAUAGUGUGGUUUAAUUUAAAAAAGAUAAAUGACUUGAAUAAGAUAAUUAGGAUAACAAUAUUUUAAAAAAUGUGGAAUGGAAACAAAGGAUACCAAUAGAUCAGAUAAAAAGGGAUGUACAAUCAAAUUGGAGCAACCUAAAAGUAAGGAUAAAACACAAGUAGUGGGUAUAAGGUAGUCAGAAUAGUAGUAGUCAUAAUUAGUUAAACGCUUGAGUCUCCAUUUUUUAAAAAUAAAGUAGAAAAUGGUAAAAAUGAUGAAUGGAAUGCACUUAUAUAGCACUUUACCAUGGUGCCCAAAGCACUUUACAGAGGCUCACAUUCACACACAUUCAUACACCUAUGGGCGGCGGCUGCCAUGUAAGGAGGUGCCAGGUCCACUGGGAGCAAUUCAGGAUUAAGUGUCUUGCCCAAGGAGAUUUCGACAGUCGGAGGCGGAUUUUAAACCAUCACUGGACGACCAGCUUUACCAACUGAGCCACAGAAACAAGAAGAGAGAUGCAUUCUUUUCAUCCAUCCAUUUCCUUGUCCUCUUAAGGUCACAGUUGAGCUGGAACCAAUCCCAGCUGACGUUGGGCAAGGAUUCUGGCUACACCCUGGUAUGGUUGCCAGUUAAUCACAGAGCACAUAUAGACAAGCAGUUAUUCAUCUGGAAUGUGGGAAGAAGCCAGAGUACCUGGAGAAAACCCACUAAAGCACAAGGAAAACAUGCAAACGCCACACAGGAAGGCUGCAGCCGAGAUUCAAAUCCCCAAACCUCAGAACUGUGAGGCAGACAUGAUAGGCACUAGUCACCGCCCUGGCUGAAACUACAACCUUACAUCCAUUUUCUGUAGUCUCCCUUGAUGAACUGGAACCUAUCUUAUCUGAUUUUAGGCAAGAGGUCGGGCUCACCCUGGACUAGUAACCAAAAACUCCUGGGCAUAUAGAAAGAAACCAGUAUCCACACUCAGGUACAGAUCUAUAGACAGUUUACGCUUUGAUAUAUACAAUUAAAACACAUCCACUGCCAUUGACGGCUUUAGAAGUCAAUUUUCCAUGUUAACUGGGAAGGCUGGCAGUGAAUGAGCUGAUUUCUCCCUUUGGACAACCUUAUUUCAUCAACAUAACAUGCUAAUUAAACUCAUGAGAUAUUUUUUCCAAUUAAGGCUGAUUUCUCCAUUUGGACAACCUUACUUCAUCAAUCUGACAUUUUGCUUAAACAUAUAGCCGUCACACACAUGACAGCUAUGCCUCUGUGAAAAGGUUAACCAGUGUUUCAGGUGCUUCUGUUAUCCUCUGAGUUUUAUCGUGUAAAAUGAUAUUAUGGACUGACCAAGCCACGACUACAAAGUAAUUAAAACAUCAAUCGAACAACAACCUUGCUAGAUAGUGUCGUUUUGUUAUCACGUGUGGCGAAGUUUAUAUCAGAAUCCUACAAAGUGAACAGAACAGUUGUUUUCACCUCUUCAAACCAAGCGAUUUCGUUAUAUUUCUCAAAACUAACUCGUUACAUUACAAACACGACAACAGAGAUGUUUUAAAUGUGACAUAACGCUGUGAGCUAACCUUUAGCUGAGCGACGACGGACCUGGCAAAACCCGGAAGUGCUUUGAUGUGAUGCAAAGAAACCCGCUUUCAAAAUAAAGGCAUCUUCGGAAAACGGAAGUGACUUUUAAAUGAAAAAUAAUAAUAAAUGCGGCCAUAUGGGACAACGUUGGUUUACUGAGCUGCCAAAAGAUUUGCAGGUUCGCCUUGUGUUAACAUCAAGUAACCCGACUUCUUCCCUUUUUGCAUCAGUUGCAAUCACCGUGCGAUUGAGGAUGUCGGGUUAGCACCGUUGACUGCACGAUGGUCAACCUUUGCUGUCUCUGUUGCGGUGAAAUCCCUCCACCCCGCCCCUUUCCGUCGGGACCACCGCGGGAUCCCCGCCACACAGUGCAGCUGCAGCCCGCCGGCACCACCACCACCACCACCAGCAGCAGCAGCAGCAGCAGCAGCAGAAGAGUUGUUCCGAAGGGGAAGCGAGCGGAGGCGGAUACUACUACUGCACACGCAUGCUUGAGAGGACAAGCCGACAAAACGGAGUGAUCGUGCUCUUGCCGCCUGAAAUGCAAGAAGUCCAGGAUGCUCUCCUCCGACCUGGACUCUGCGGAAGACACCGAGGCCAACGCUCUCAAUGAUGCUGAGGAAGAGGAGCAGGAGGCGGACUCUCCAGCCGCGAGCGAUGUGGAUGAGCAGCGUCCAGUCAAGCAGUCUUUGGGUGCCUGCCUGUGCCGUGAAUCUCACUGGCGCUGCCUGCUGCUCUCCCUGCUCAUGUACAGCUGCCUGGGCGCAGUCAGCUGGUGCCAACUGAGCCGCGUCACCAAGAUCAGCUUCAACUCGGCCCUCACCUCCACCUUCACGGCCUCCUUCGGCUCAUCCCCGCAGAGGGGGCCGCAUUCCGGAGGUUACUCCAUGGUCUACCACGACAGCCCUUGCUCGGACGGCUACAUCUACAUCCCCUUGGCCUUCCUCCUCAUGCUCUACGUGUUGUAUAUGGUUGAGUGCUGGCAUUGCCGGGGCCGCAGCGAGCUCCAGUGCAAAGCGGACGUGGACAGCGUGUACGAACGCGUGGCGUGCAUGCGGCGGGCUCAGCCCUGCGUAUGGUGGAAGGCCAUCAGCUACCACUUUGUGCGGCGGACGCGCCAAGUCACCCGCUACCGCAACGGGGACGCCUACACCACCACGCAGGUGUACAACGAGAGGGUCAACACGCACGUGGCCGAGGGCGAGCUCGACUACGGCCGCUGCGGGAUGAAGGACGUGUCGCGUGACCUCAGAGGGUUGGAGGAACAUCCGGCGACUCGCCUGCAGUUCACCAAAUGUUUCAGUUUCACCGAGGCCGGCCCAGAGAACGAUUACCUCAACCAGCGGGCCAGGUUCUUCUCGGAAAUCGAAGGUUUGGAUGAUUACAUGGAGGCCAGGGAGGGGAUGCAGCUGAAAAAUGUGGACUUCAGGGAUAACCUGAUCGCCUACGUGCACCCGGAUAAAAUGCCCUGGUACACCUCCCAGGUGGCCUUCUGGCUGGCUGCUCUCUUCAUGCUCUCCUGGCCCCUGAGGGUGCUCAUAGAGUACCGCACUGCAUAUGUGCACUAUCGCAUUGAGAAGCUGUUUGGGGUAGACUACACUUGUACUAGCGACUCCCCUCUGGAUGAAGAUCGAAAUGUUAGUUGUGCUAUUCCCAGAGUUGACACGCUGGACAGCACAGAGUUGGAGUGGCACAUCCGCUGUAACCGCCAGGUGAUUCCCAGCUACUCCGAAGCCAUGCUGAUCAACAUGAGCACGGGCAACUCCAACUCCCUGCACGACAUCGAAUGCACCGCGUCCUCAAACUGCCACCUCCUGGACAGCAGCCCUACCACUCAGAGCUACGGGGCCCUCCAGUGUCAGUCUGGGCGGGAAGGUGGGCACAGGAGGAUGAGGAGGAGGACCGUCACAAGUUCCAGCUGCUCGUCUCUCUUCUCCUGCCAGGGAGCGCGCUUCCGAUCCCGCCUAUCCUCGGCCACUUCCCGCUUCUCCCUGUGCCGCAUGUACGGGUCACGUCGCACGGUGGCUCUGUGGAGGAGCCGCAGCAGCAACGUGACCGAUCCCUGCUGCAUAGACGAGCAGGGAGGGCGUUCGGACUCCAGCCAGCUGGCCCUCAGCAACAGUCCGCCCAAUUACAGCGACGCCAGGUUCUUUCCUGUGCUGAUAGUGCACGGACCUGACGGAUGCGGGAGCGAGGAUGGCAGAGGGGGGCAGCAGCAUUGCUACAUACGAAGGGGCUCGUCGUGUGUGGAGACAGCCCUGUGAUGUCGGGGCUUGAUUUAUAUGAAUACAGAAAUAGAGGAAAAUGUGCUUUCAAUAAAUGGGUCAUUCCAAAAUUGGAGGACAAUUUAGGCAACAUUUGUUUUAAUUGACCAUUUACUUUGAUUCAUCCAGUUCAACUUUUUAUGAGGAAUUUUAUUUGUCAUGUGCUGUCUGGCGCAACCCUGUUACUGUUACUCAGGCACCUGAAACUAACACGCAAAAAUAUUCUGGAAUAAAUCCUAUACAACUAAAUCAAGUAAAAUUGAUAUGCGUUACUCAUUUGAUUUUAGUAUUACUCUAACUGCAGCGAACAGGGUUGAAAAUCAACGCUAAUGUUAGUUUUUCUCUCAAAAGUACAUGCUAGCUGUGUUAGCUGCUAUGCUAACUGGUCAAGAGCAAACUUUAAUGAUAAUUGAUAAUAUGAGAACAAUGGUUCCAUUGGUUUGAGUGAAAUACUCCAUUACAACUGAGAAGACUGAAAAAAAUGCAAUUAGGAGAGAGGACUUACUUUACGUCUACCCAUGGUCAGAGCAAUUGACUUGAUAAUCUCAUUUCUGCUCAUGUAGUUCACUUUUUUCUCUUCCUCUAUAGAUGGCUAAAAUUAUUUUAGUUACAGGGUUGUGUGUAUGUUAAGAGACACAACUUUAGAACAUAAUUACUACUAUUAAGGAAGACAUAUCAACAAAAUCAUACCAAAAAAAUCGGAUUUCAAACUUUUUUAUCUGUAAUGUUUUAUGUGAGUUGGUCAGCAAGUGGGAGGGACAAGAGAAAAAGGGCCACUUUAAGGGGUGUAUUUGGUAUUUUAAAUAAUAUUUAGGAAUCACUUUUACUACAGCUACAUUUACAUUUUGUUCCGGAAUAAUUAUAAUUGACACAACGGUUCAUGUUUCUGGAUUUUGUGCAUGCAUUAUUUUAAACUUCAUGAAGAGGACAGAAAUUUCCUCCAAUUCUGGAAUGACCCAAAUACCACUGUAGAUUGGAAAUAUAAAAGUAUUUUCUUACCAAAAACUUCAGGGUUUGGUCACUGGACAUAAACAUGUCAAACGUGGAUAUGAAUAUUUAGUGUUUAGAUCAUUUAGUGUUUAGAUCAUGGGUGGGCGAAGAAGUAUGGCCCAGGGGCCAUUACUGAGCAUUUACAUAUUCAAGAGUCUUCUCAUAUUUACAUGAAUUUACAUGUUUGUUUUUUUUACCUAAAGUUGGAUAAUUUAAAUGUAUUUAUUCCUUUUUAUUAUUAUUUAUAUAUAUAUAUAUAAUUAAAUAAUUGGAUGACGUACACUGUACCGUAGCUAUAUAUUUUUAAAUGAUUUUAAAUGAACUAUUUUACAUACACAUAACACUUAUCUUAACCUCAUCUAGGAAUGACCUAGGCCUUCUGUCUGAUUUAAAAGUCAAAUGUGGCCCUUGAGCACAAACGUUUGCCCACCUCUGGUUUAAACACAUAUUCAUACAUUACACAAUACAUCUGAUAGUCCAUGCAGGCCACCGUUAGAGUUGCUGUUUUAGCAAUGUUAUAGUGACCAUGGUUAACUACAAUGUAGAAUCAAGACCACCAAGCCUAAACAAAAAUACAGGUGCAUCCCAAUAAAAUAAAAUACAGUGUGAAAGUUAAUUUGUUUCAGUAGUUUAGUUUAAAAAAAUGAAACUGAUAUCUUGUACAGAUUUAUCAAACAAACAAGACAAUUUUUUACAAGGCCAAUUCCUGAUUCUUCUACGUAAAUUGCAAUUAUUUGGAUUGUUUCGUCUGUAAAAUUAAAAUUUCUCAUGAGGGUGAAUGUGAGGUUUUUAUUAACAGUAAGCUUUAAUCAUCAAAAUAAAAACAACGAAUUAUUUCACUCACACUGUACUGUAUGUGUUUCGUUUUUUGAGCUGAACCACUGAAAUAAUUUAAACUUCCACGAUAUUCUAAUUCACUGAUUCUCAGCUGGUGGGUCGGGAUCCAAAAGAAGGUUGCGAAAGCCCUUUUUGUUGGGUUGUGGACAGGUAGUAAAAAUUUUAGAGCAUAAUAAUUCAGACUGAUAAAACUGUUACAGUUGCUUUGGUCUGCAGCCUUCAUUUCCUCAAAAGAAGACAAACUAUUGAUGUUUCACUUUCCUAAAAGAAGAGAUCAGUGCCAAAUAUAAAUGUUUGUAGAUGUAGUUAUGGUCAUCCGCUGUUUCUUAAUAAGGUGCUCUGAAAGGCACUUUAAAUAUUUAAGCAUGAGUAGGUAUGUUUAUUAAUAUGAUAUUCAUGUUUUCAAAGGCUAUUUUCUUUUUAACAAUACAUGUUCUUUAAUGCUCCUAACGUCUGUAAAAGUUGGUCGCGACUUAGCGACAAUAAAAAAAAUGUUGGUACCAACAGUGACAACAUUUGAGAACAAUGUUCUAAUUUAUUGCGAUGUACCAAUAGUAGACUACUUUCUGGUUCAUGGAGAACAAUGAUGAAAAGUUGACCAUUUAAUUGAAGUCAUUUUGACUCAAACAGACAAUUACGUUCUAUAGCGACACCUUUUGCCAGAUACAGUUAUCAAAAUGUGCUCAUGUACUAUGCCAUGUAAGUUUUAUGAUGAUACAUGUUGCAUUUUUUUGUGAAAUCAUUUCAUCUGUCCGGCUAUUUACCCUUAUCCUACGUCAAAUAAAACAACAAAGCUAAUAGUGGACAAAGACUUUUGUACAAUAAUUUACCCAGCACUGAAAAACUGCACCACCUAAUCACCGUCAUUUAUUUAUUUGUCUGUGAGAACAUUUUGAACCAGAUGUCAUGCUGUAUGUGACCUAAAUGUAUGUAUGUGUGGGGACUAACUGGGCUAUUCAUCUGCAUUAAACAAGAAAACAACGAGUUGCAUGAUGUUUGCAAAGUUCUUGCUUUCAUAUGGAAAAAGGGGGCUGUUUUUUUUCCCCUUUCAAAUACUUGCACUAUUGAAGAGAGAUUAGAGACAUCCUGGGAGGGGAACAUUAGGUGAAUGAUGAGUUGUAAACAAUAAAGGAAGCUGCUAUUUUAAUGAAAAUGUGUCCAUUUUCCUGUUACUUAUCAAUGUCUGUUUUUGUCUGAAACUAGUUCAUUAAAAUGUCAAGGAACCAUGGCGACAAACAUACACACACACACACGCAGAGUCUAUGGCAAAAAUCUUGAAGAGGAUUAAUAUACUGGACUUUUUCUAAAGUAAAUAGCCAUCACCCCUAAAUAAAUAUGGAGUAAUAUAGUCCAUUAGAGGCUUGGAUGAACUGGAAUUUAUUCCAGCUGACUUUUUGGUAAGGUACACCCGAGACUGGUCACCAGUCAAAUUGUAGGACGAAAAAAGACAAACAACCAUUCACAUUUAUGGACAAUUUAGAGCCAUGGGGGUCAAACUCAUUGUAGUUCAGGAGCCACGGAAAGCCUAUUUUGAUGUCAAAAGGGCAGGACCACUAAAAUCUUACCAUCCAUCCAUCCAUUUUCUGAGCCGCUUCUCCUCACUAGGGUCGCGGGCAUGCGAGUAAAGUAGUAAUCACUGAAAAUAAUGUAAAAAUAAAUAAAGAAAUAAGGUCAUAUAGGGUAUGAUAAAGUUACUUUCCAGAAGUUGACAACUGAGUGUUCGUGUUUUAUAUUUAGUUUGACAGUAACCUUAAACUAAGAGUGGCAAUAAACAGCUUGAAGCCUUUUUUGAAGAAGAAGAAGAAGAAGAAGAAGAAGAAGAAGAAGAAGAAGAAGAAGAAUAUCUGUAAACUCCUACUUGUUGUGUGAAGUGAGUUGAGUCAAUUAUACAUCUCCAUACAUUUGUUCGUAUCUAUAAAGUUAGCGCUCGCGAGUAAAAA